UGGUGAUUGAGGGGGAGGAGGAGGAGGACAAGGGCGGGGGUUGUGGGAAGGAGAAGAUGAGGAACGAUAGUGGUGGAUUGAGCGCCAAUAGGGUUGCCGGAGCUGGAGCCGGAGCCGAAGAGGAGGGGAACACGGUUCCCUUCCCGGAGAAGGUCCAGGUAGGAGGGUCUCCCACCUAUCGGGUCGAAAGGAAGUUGGGGAAAGGUGGGUUUGGUCAGGUAUUUGUUGGUCGACGUGUCUCUGGAGGCAAUGAACGCGCAGCAGGUCCUGGUGCUCUAGAGGUUGCCAUAAAAUUUGAGCAUAGGACAAGCAAAGGCUGUAGCUACGGUCCACCAUACGAGUGGCAAGUUUACAAUGUUCUAGGUGGCAUUCAUGGUGUGCCUAAGGUGCAUUAUAAAGGGCGGCAGGGAGAAUUUUAUGUAAUGAUAAUGGAUAUGCUGGGACCUAGUUUGUGGGAUGCAUGGAAUUCAUCAGGGCAAACGAUGUCAUCAGAAAUGGUGGCUUGCAUUGCUGUUGAGUCCCUGUCAAUUCUGGAAAAGAUGCAUUCUAAAGGGUAUGUACAUGGAGAUGUAAAACCUGAGAACUUUCUUCUUGGACAGCCGUCAACUCCUCAAGAAAAGAAAUUAUUUCUCGUAGACCUUGGAUUAGCAACAAGGUGGAGAGAUAAUGGAACUGGGCAGCAUGUUGAAUACGACCAACGUCCAGAUGUCUUCAGAGGGACUGUUCGAUAUGCUAGUGCUCAUGCACAUUUGGGAAGAACUCCAAGUAGAAGAGAUGAUUUAGAGUCCCUUGCAUAUACACUCAUUUUUCUUCACAGAGGAAGAUUACCGUGGCAAGGAUACCAGGGUGACAAUAAAUCGUUUCUCGUUUGCAAGAAGAAGAUGGCUACAUCACCUGAGAUGCUUUGUUGCUUCUGCCCUUCUCCCUUCAAGCAAUUUCUUGAGAUUGUUGUUAACAUGAAGUUUGAUGAAGAGCCGAACUACCCCAGGCUUAUAUCGUUGUUUGAUGGUCUUAUUGGACCAAAUCCUGCAAGUAGGCCAAUUAACACUGAUGGAGCUCAAAAGGUUGGUCAGAAGCGUGGUAGAUUGACUACCGACGAAGAGGAUGAAGGACAACAAAAGAAGAGGAUUCGCUUGGGAGUUCCGGCCUCUCAGUGGAUAUCAGUAUACAAUGCGAGACAGCCUAUGAAGCAGAGGUAUCAUUAUAAUGUUGCCGACACACGCUUGGCGCAACAUGUGUCAAAAGGAAAUGAGGAUGGUCUGCUAAUAAGUUGUGUGGCAUCAUGUUCGGACCUUUGGGCAGUCAUCAUGGAUGCAGGAACUGGCUUUUCAUCUCAAGUUUAUGAAUUGUCUCCAUGUUUUUUUCACAAGGAAUGGAUUAUGGAACAGUGGGAAAAGAACUACUACAUCACCUCUGUUGCUGGUGCUACUAAUGGGAGCUCACUUGUUGUGAUGUCGAAAGGCACAACCUAUACACAGCAAUCAUACAAAGUCAGUGAGUCUUUUCCCUUUAAAUGGAUAAACAAGAAGUGGAAGGAAGGGUUUCAUGUAACAUCAAUGGCAACUUCUGGCGGUCGGUGGGGUAUCGUCAUGUCUCGCAGUGCUCGAUUCAGUGAUCAGGUUGUUGAAUUGGACUUUCUCUAUCCGAGUGAGGGCAUUCACAGGCGAUGGGACAAUGGUUAUCGGAUCACUGCGAUGGCCGCCACAUGGGAUCAGGCCGCUCUUAUCCUUAGCGUGCCAAGGCGCAAGCCAGUUGAUGAGACCCAGGAGACUCUUCGGACCUCUGCAUUCCCAAGCACACAUGUCAAGGAGAAGUGGGCCAAGAAUCUAUACCUUGCUUCUGUGUGCUAUGGACGCACUGUAUCUUAAUAUAUCUUUUCUGUAUCUCCUGAUCUUUCGCCUUCCGUUCCAAAAUCCAGGAGCAGGAGCUUUUCUCUUCGAGGCUAAAGUUAGCAUUUAGCAUAUAUCUAUAUUUGUAAAUGAAUUGAUGCUGAGAACCUGAGAUAUAUGCAUUCGGGGAGCAUUCUCAGCUUAUUUUUCUCUUAGUUAUCUCUGUUUUGGUGUAAUUGUUUUUGCUGUUAACCUUGGAAAAUCAGUAACAGGCUAAUCUUAUUUCGGCAGAAUCAAUGUAUGUAUUGAUAUCGAUGUACCGUGCGAACUCUUCGCUCCAGUUGAUUUGGGGAUCGGAAAGGAAAAAAAAUUUAUAAUUUGAGGUUUAA